AUGCCACAGAAGCCAGCAGCAACUUUUACGUGCGUCAUCAACCUUGACGAACACGAUGAUAAAGAGAUCAAACGAGCUGUUCUUCCACGAACGGCCGAAAGGUAUGAGCGGAGUGUAGAGAUUUUUGAUCAAUUCCUUGAACUGCACCCCGCUGCCCGCUCUCCCCCGGACAUCAAAACCUACAAAGGAUUUUUGGAAUUUUACGCAAGAAACACAAAGGGUCGAAUCGAGGAAAGGCCUACGACGGAGACUGUGGAGAAUUUCCGCCGGGACUUUGAAACAGCUCUUACUCGGCUGAGGGGCUUCUGUGUCCCAAAGAACAUGUCUAAUACCUUGAAGGAGUACAUCAUAUCGGAUUUGAAGACCAAACUCAGUCUUCCAGACGUUGAGAUGUCCAGAGAUGGACUCUCUCCAAAUGAUUUGACCAUCCUCCUAACACAGCUCUGGUGUCGGGACUUUAAGGAAUACCGCGGCCAGUUUCCUGACCGGAGUAGAGUACAGCUUACCGCAUCAAUAUUGCUCUAUUGCUUUUCGUCCGCCCGAACUGGAGAGGUGCAUGAGUCAACAGCUCGCCGAUCUCUUGCCCGGCAGAAGGACGGCGGUGAUGACAAUGACGCGAAUCUUCGAGCCAGUGCCAUGGCCGCAUGUUACAAGCAUUUUAUCCUCACCAUAGAACUGGUCGAUGGCAUUCCGAUGUUAGUGUUGACUUAUGCUCGGGAGUUCGUGAAGGGGUACUGGAGAAAGAAAAAAUGGGAACCUCCAGUGCACGCUUUCUAUGAGGUGUACAAAGAGGAAGUCCCGCUCUUUUUUAACUUGAUUUUCUUCAUGCUUCCAUUGUUUUCCGCCGACCGUGCUUUCCGCCAUUACAAAUCGUAUACCGAGAUCCUUGAUGAAGUGGACUCCAUCAAGGUCAGCGACUUAGAGUCGCAGUCCAACCACGUUAUCUCCAGGAUCCAUUUUCGAAAAGAUCUCUUGGAUACUCCAGUGUUUAGGCCGUUCAGCGAGCUGGAUUGUGAAACCUCCACAGGUAGGGCAAGAGGUGCCGAUGCAUUUGGAAAAGAGUUUGCUGCACUUGGGUAUCGGGGUGGGUAUGAACUGAAUGUUACUGCCCGUGCAUGUCGUCGAUGGGCACUGAUGGAAACCGAUAAGAAAUACUCCCAGACGGCUCGAAUGAAGUAUGCUUCUCACACUGAAGCACGCACUUUUGGCCGAUCAUACGCUCAUCCUGUGUGCGAAGUGGAUGGACCUGCAACCUACUUGAAUAUUGCUUCCCGCCAUGAGCAUAUUCAAAAUCGACGCAGCAUGGGCAUACACCGUAACCCAAAUCUGUGGCAAUCUCUACCCGCAAAGGCGGAGUUUGAAUUCCAGGAACGAGAGGACGUCAUAGCACUUGACACAGAAUGCGCACUCCUCAGCUCCCAACUUGCGAAGGCUGACAGCCAGGAAAUGGCGCACAAGAUUCACCUGCAACGGCGUCGAGUCCAGAGUCAAAAGGAUAAGCUGUAUCUUGAGGAACUUAAACGACAACGGGAAGUCCAACAGGGUACCCAAACAGGAAGUGUCUAUGAACAAACUCUCUUCCACUACCGCCGGCGAGCUAUGCCAGAGAGGGACCUUCUCGCUCAGAUUUUACCGACUAGGUCAACUAUACGAAGCUCAGCUGGGCUGGACGCAAUGAAGGCACUAGAAACAAUCUGCAGCCAGUACGAUCCGGUAACCUAUCGGUCAGGCUUACGACCGGUCAACGGCAAGUGCAUGUGUGGUGAAUCAGUAGAUAAUGUAGACAAUUUUGCGGAGUUUUGCUUUGAGUGCGACAUGUGGUUUAACAAUCGUGAUGACUGGCGCCAGCACUGUGAAGAUCACCUCAGCAAGCCUACUGAAUUGCUUCGCUGCGAUCCGAUAAUAUUCCGGAAUUGCCCAGUGAAGCCUGGUUACUGCCCUUUCUGUCUGGGUAACACGAGCCUAGGGCCGACCCGACAGAUGGAGCAAUAUCUGGACAUGAGUAAAUGGUACAGUCAUGUUCAAUCUCACCUCAGCCACCAGGACCUAUCUGGUGAGUUUCACUGUCGGCAUCCCGCAUGCACACAGGGAUACGGGUCGUUGACUGAAUUGGCAUGUCACCUUGAGGAUGUCCAUUGCUACAAGCCUCCUCGUGGAAAGAAGCGAUCAUUGGAACCAUGA